CAGUCAAUACGUGGAAGUGCUAUAAGUGUUGUAUAAACGAUAGAUUGGUUGACAUCUGUUAGCCAUUGAAAGCACUGUUUGUUUGUUUGUGAUGUCAGAUGUGUUGUAAUGUUUGAGUGUUUGUAGUGUUGUCUCCAAAACCAUUGAUCACUACUUUCACUACAUUUUGACGUUUCAUUGCAUUCAGUAUUGAUUUGCACUAAAUUUGGACACAAAUUAUGAGUCAAACCGAGACUAACAGCAAACCGAGUGAUGACACGACCGAAGACCAGAUGAAUGGUCUUCAAAAUGACGACGACUUGGUGUCCGAUUGGCAUUUACAAGACUGGACACAACUGUACAAAAUAGCCAUCAAGUUUUAUAAAGAUAAUGAAAGCAAAGCAUUUCAUCCGUCAUAUGAUAAUCGCAAUCAAUUCAUGGCAUUUAUUUUUCAAGAAAAAUACGGAAAAUUUGAUGCUUCAAAAGCCAAGCCUUUAGGUCCUCUCGAUAUUGUCGGCAAAGAUCGCAGAAAUUCGUGGAUAAGUUUGACGGAUACGAAUCAAUUGUCGGCACAAAAAGGUUUUGUCAAACUUUUGCACCAAAUGUGUCCACUGUUUGAGCCAUACGUCAAAGCAUUUAAAGUUGAUUUCGACGAAAAAGAAAGACUUAAACGCGUGGCUAAAGAAGCCGAAGAAAAACGAUUACACGAUGAGACUGAAAGACAACGAAUUGAGGAAGAAAUUCAACGAAAGGCUGAAGAAGAGAAAAAACUAUCGGAAGAACAGAAACAUGCAGUUCAGGAGGCGUUGAACAGACAGACAUACCAACAGUUCAAAUCUUAUGCCGAACAACAAUAUCCCGGAAAUAUUGAACAACAAAAUGAUUUAAUCCGACAAUUACAAGAACAACAUUAUCAACAAUAUUUGCUUCAAGUGAGAGAACAAGAGUUACAAAGAAGUCAUAACCAGAAUAUGAAUAAUAGUUAUAAUAAUAAUCUUAACCACGAAAGUGAUAAAACAGUCAAUUUAUCAAACAAUACGAGUUUAGUCACACAAACUAUAAAACUUGAACCAAAACUGACCAACGAAGAGGAGGAUCAAAACUAUGAAAACAAUCAUCACUUGGAACCGACCACAGGAUCAGAAAGUGAGUCUGACUCUGAAAGUUUUGGUCCAAUAGCUGGCGCAUCGAUGUGGACUCGAAAAGAAAUUGUGUCCUUUAAAGAGUCGAUUCGAGCUGAAGGAGGUGACGGUAUCAUCAAAGUAGGACACGGAGAAAUUGUGACCGUAAGAGUGCCCACACAUAAAGAUGGCACCUGUAUUUUCUGGGAAUUCUGUACCGAUAGCUAUGAUAUAGGAUUCGGUCUACUUUUUGAAUGGACUAAAAAUCCAGGAAAUCAGGUCUCAGUUCAUAUUAGUGAAAGUGAAGAUGAAGAAGAUGAGGAAGAAGAAGGUGAAACAGCAAUUGGUAACGAUAUUGAAAAGGGACAACCAAUUGAUCCCGAAAAAGAGACAUUAUCACCAAAAAGUGGUCAAACAGACACUUCGCCAAUUAGUGUUAUUAUCCCAAUAUAUCGUCGCGAUUCUCACGAGGAAGUGUUUAGUGGUUCACAUGUCUAUCCGGGUUCAGGCAUUUAUUUGUUGAAAUUUGAUAAUUCAUACUCUCUUUGGAGAUCCAAAACACUUUAUUAUAGGGUUUAUUAUACGAGAUAAAUAUGUUAACUGUUU